AUGGAUACAGAUGCCAAGAGUUUCGGAACCAUUGAAGAGAAUGGCACUGUGAUUGAAGGAGGUGCAUUCUACAAUCCAGCACAGAAGUUCAACAGAUCGCUUACCAUUCAAAUAAUCAAUAGCUAUAUAAAAACCUCAGCCAAAGAGGGAAUAGUACUGCUUGAGUGCAUGUCAGCUACCGGUCUUAGAGGGAUAAGAUAUGUAAAGGAGCUGCGCGGGAAAAAUACUAUUGUAAUGAACGACAUAUCCACUGCAGCAUGCAACAACAUAGUGGCCAACUGUAUUGCCAAUGGCAUACUAGCAGACCUCAGCAAGCCAGUUUCAAGCGAGAAUGGGACGGUUGAGGUGCAGAAUGAAGACUGCCGAUCUCUUAUGCUUUGCCGAAAGAAAGUGUUUGAUGUAAUUGAUAUAGAUCCCUUCGGCACCUGCUCGCCAUAUAUUGAAACGGCUCUAGAAGGAAUUGCAGACGGCGGGCUUCUGUGCGUGACAUCAACUGACACAAAAGUGCUUUUUGACAAGCCGCCUGAGUCAUGCUAUAAGUACUAUGGCUCUGUCUCCAUGAAUAAUUCUUACUCGCAUGAGCUAGCUGUAAGAGUGAUUCUGUCAUAUAUCUCACGGAGUGCUGCAAAGGCGGGGAUGUACAUUGAGCCACUGGUCAGCAUGUCUAUGGACUUUUUUAUUCGAGUGUUUGUCCGGGUCGGCCGCAGCAAGCAGAAGUCAAACCACUGUUUGCUUCAGAACAGCCAAUACUUUCUGUGCGCCUGUCUUAAUAGACAAGCCCUGCCUAUUCUGCAAAAAGACAGCACAAAAGAGGCAUAUCGGCAUGUGAAGAUAGCUGCGUCUACAGAGUGCAGGAUGUGCAAAAGACAUCUUGGUCUAUAUGGACCGUUCUGGACAGGUCCUUUGCAUGAUAAGUCGUUUUUGCAGGAGGUAAUCAACAGCAUACCAAAGGCGGAUAUUGAGAGCAAGACAGGAGGGAUCAAGGAAAGUGCACAUACACCCACGCAGAUAAACAGAAGAAUACACGGAAUGCUCUCAAUGGCCAGGGACGAGAUUGAUACUAUCUUUUACCACUUUAUUCCCGCGAUCUCAUCUGUGCUGUCCUUCCCUGUUCCUCCCCUUCCGCAGAUCAUUUCAUUUUUGCAUGCACACGAUAUUAAGGUGUCCUUAACACACUGCAAGCCAAAUUCAAUUAAAGCCACAGGGGAUAUUGAGUACGUGUAUGCAGCAGUCAUACUCUACUAUAAGUCAGUAAAGCCCGAAAUAUACGCACUGUACGAAGACAGACUUACAGGAAAGAGACAGGACAUAGACAGAAACACGCAUAAUUUAAUGGUAUAUAUGAAUGCCUACAUAGAAGAAAAUGGAUUAAAAAGUAAAUUUGAGGUAGAUGAUGAGGCAAUAGAGAUAACCUCCAAAAAGUACUUGAAGUUUCAGGAUAAAAGUGGGCUUGGAUGGGGUCCCAUGAAAAGAUAG